AUGUCUAAAUCUUCUAGUUACACUGAGGAGCAGUUGCAAAGAGCUGUUGAUGUGUACAAAAACAAUUCAAAAUUAAAAAUUUCAUCUCUGUUGCAAGAAUUCAAAGUCCCAUAUGCCAUCUUGUAUGAGAGGAUCAACAGGAAGAAAUCAAGAACUAUGAGGGUUCCACUGAAUAGAGCAUUGAAUGACAGCCAGAAGAAGGCAAUUAAGAUAUGGAUUCAUCAGUUGAAUAUUAAUUUUUGCCCACCCACCAUUGAGCAUAUUGAAGCUGCUGUGAACUGCAUGUUGAGACAGCAUCAUAUAAAUCCAGAGACUGCACCUUCCACAUUAAACAAGAUGUGA